GAGGAAGAGGAGGAAGAGGAGGAAGAGGAGGAUGAUCCUUCAGGAGGACCAGCUGCUGCUCCACUGAUCACAUGGAGUCCUGUACAGGCAGCAGAGGUGGAGGAGGAGGAAGGUGGAGGCUCCGUCAUGUUGUCCCGGUCGUCCUGCUGUGGAUGAGUCUGCAGAGGCACGUGCUGGGCUGCAGCUCCACAGACUGUAACGUGAUGCUGACGGAGGCCCAGGGGAAGUUCACGUCGCCCUGCUACCCCCAGAAAUACCCCAAUUCUCAGGCCUGUAAGUGGACCAUGCAGGCCCCCGCCGGCUUCAUCAUCCAGCUCUCCUUCCUUGACUUUGACCUGGAGGAGGCGCCGGGCUGCAUCUACGACCGGGUGGUGGUGAACACGGGGAACACGGACGUUAGGUUCUGCGGCCCGACGGCCAACGGGCUGACGCUCAACUCCACGGGGAACGUGAUGGAGCUGUCCUUUACCUCCGACUUCAGCGUGCAGAAGAGGGGGUUCAGUGUUAGCUUCCGACACGUUGCCGUGGCGCUGAGGAACCAGAAGGUCUCCAUCUCCAGAGGAAACAGUCAUAUCACCGAGGUGUCCGGCUCCGUUUCCAUACCGACGCUCAGUCAGCUGACCAUCUGCUUCGAGCUGGAACGCAGCAGCCAACAUCAGAAAGAGUGGAUCUUCAGUUACGUCGACAGCAGCGGCAACGAGGCUCUGAGUUUUGGCUCCGAUCAGACCGGCAUGAAGAUGAUCGUCGACGGGGUGGUGUGCCCCAUCGACUCCAUCAUCACCUCCGCCGACUUCACCUCCGCCAUGAGGCCUUACUGCGUGCUCUGGUCGUCGUCCAACGGCCGGGUGGGAGUCUACUUCAGUGGGAGCUACUGGGCCCGCACCUGCUCCUCCUCUAGUGGACACUCGGUACCAGCAGGAGGACAGUUCCGGUUAGGAGGGCAGCACAGCUUCAACGGGAACGUCUACAACCUCCGUCUGUGGGACUACACCAUGACGGUGCCGCAGCUGAUGGCGCUGAGCUGCGACAUGGUGGGGAACGUCAUCGACUGGGACAACGCCCACUGGACCAUCCCGUCCGGAUCGGCCCAGACCGACACCACGCUCAGCUGCAGUGUAUCCCCGCCCAGCACCACACCGCUCACUACCAGCUGUGACUCCCCUGGACUGGGCUGCCCAGUUCUCCCUCCCAUCACUCCAUCUCCAUCCACCAUCCCUACCACUAGCAUGCCACUAACCCCAACCAUCAGCACCACCAGCACCACCAGCACAACCAGCUCCCUCUCCUCUGGUAAGGCUUCUCUCUCUGUAGCCCAACAGACAACCAGCAGCACGACAACUGUUUCCUCUGCUACCACUAACCUCCCAGCUACUAACCCAGCAACGCAUGUUCCAGUAGCGACUCCUCCACUGCUGUUAGUAACUACUAACCAACCAACCACUAACAUAGCUGCUACUACUGCUUCCUCUCGGGAGGGUUUAUACUACCGGGUUUCCUUUGUGGUGGACGCCGGGUCCGCGACGCUGACCCAAGCUGCUGUGGAGCGAGCUGUGGCAUUGUGGCUCAAUCAAACGUUUCAGAACUGGACCCAUUCCGUCUCCGUAGACUCCAUCAGUGUUCAGUCUGGUUCACAGAGCGGAGGAAACCCGACCAGCUUCUCGUGCCGGGCCCUGCUGGUUUAUUACUACAUCACCAAUGAGAGUCUGGGUGAAGCUGCUGUGUCCUCCAGGCUGUCGGUCAGUGAAGGCCUCAUGGGGGACGGCCUGCAGGUCCACUCCGCCUCCACGGACGUCUCUUUAAUAGAAAACUGUCCCGAGGAGAAUCCGCGCCACUACCUCUGGCCUGAGAGCCGACCCACCGUGACCCGGUUCCUGCCCUGCUUCCCCAACAAGGACCAGAGCACCUCCAGGACCUGUCUGAUCAGUCCUCAGAACCUCUCCUCCUAUUGGUCGCCGGCAGACGUCACCAACUGCACCGACAUCGACUCCAUCCAGGUGUCUGCAGAGAACGCGUUGGAGGUCGCCGUGCAGCUCGCCGUCAUCACCAACAACGAGCUGUCCAAUGAGGAGGUGUCUAAAGUGGUGAUGAAGGUGAAGGAGCUGGUGAACGUGGCUAAGAUCAACAGCUCGUUGGCCUCCACCGUGGUCACCAUCAUCUCCAACGUCAUGACGAGCUCCGAGAGCGCACUCGCCUCCUCCUCAGAGAAAGCUCUGAAGACAGUAGAUGAGUUGGUUCAGAAGAUCGAGUUUGACGGUCCGUCGAUCAGCAUCACCUCCAGACACCUGUCUCUGGGGAUCUCCACCCUCAACACCUCCAUGUUCAACGGGACCUCCUUCAGUGCCUUCCUGCCCCCAAACACCACCGACCCACAGAUUGACUUUGAGUCAGAGAGGAGUAACCCUUUAGCUCAGGUGAGUCUUCCUGCGUCUCUGCUGUCCGGCGUGUCCCUGAGUGAUGAAGACAGGUUGUCUCUGUCCAGAAUCAACUUCAUGUUCUUCAGCAGCACAAACCUUUUCCAGAAAGAGCAGGACGGCCUCUCGUUGAACAGCUACGUGGUGGCGAGCAGCGUGGGGAACUUCUCCAUCAGAGACCUGAAGGACCCGGUGAAGAUCCAGAUCGCUCACCUGUCAGAACAUACACACCUGAAUCCGGUCUGUAUGUUCUGGGACUUCAGCAUGAACAGUGGUGCUGGCGGCUGGAACGGAGUCGGCUGCAGAGCCUCCUCAGAAUCCAGCAGCAACAGAACCAUCUGUCUGUGUGACCACCUGACACACUUUGGCAUCCUCAUGGACAUUUCUGGAACUUCUCCCGACAUCGACCCGCAGAACAACAAGAUCCUGACCUUCAUCUCCAACAUCGGCUGCGGCGUCUCGGCCAUCUUCUCCGCCGCCACGCUGCUCACCUACAUCGCCUUCGAGAAACUACGGCGAGACUACCCGUCCAAGAUCCUGAUGAACCUCAGCACCUCCCUGCUGUUCCUCAACAUGGUCUUCCUAUUGGACGGCUGGCUGGCCAGUCUGAAGACCGAUUGGCUGUGCCUGUCCGUGGCCAUCUCCCUGCACUACUUCCUGCUGACCACCUUCACCUGGAUGGGCUUGGAGUCCAUCCACAUGUACAUCGCUCUGGUCAAAGUGUUCAACACCUACAUCCGCCGAUACAUCCUCAAGUUCUGCAUCGUGGGAUGGGGUCUCCCUGCCGUGUUGGUGGUGAUCGUUGCUGCCGUGGAUAAAACCAAUUACGGCCUGCUGGAGUACGGAAAGGGAGAGUCAGGAGAGGGAUCCUCAGACUGUUGGAUCCAGAACCAGGCCGUGUUCUACACCACCGUCGUGGGUUACUUCUGUCUGGUGUUUCUUCUGAACGUGGCCAUGUUCAUCGUGGUGAUGCUGCAGAUCUGCGGCCGCAACGGCAAACGCAGCAACCGCACGCUGAGAGAGGAGGUCCUCCGUAACCUGCGCAGCGUGGUCAGCCUCACCUUCCUGCUGGGGAUGACGUGGGGCUUCGCUCUGUUCGCCUGGGGGCCCGUCAACGUGGCCUUCAUGUACAUGUUCGCCAUCUUCAACUCGCUGCAAGGUCUCUUCAUUUUUAUUUUCCACUGCGCUCUGAAGGAAAACGUCCAGAAGCAGUGGAGACGAUACCUCUGCUGUGGACGCUUCAGACUGUCUGACAACUCAGACUGGAGUAAGACGCCCACCAACAACACCAAGAAGGUGAGCUCAGACAACCUGGGAAAGUCUCUGUCAUCCAGCUCCUUCGGCUCCACCACCGCCAACUGGACCUCCAAAGCUAAAGCUACGCUAAACCCCUUCACCAAGAGACACAGCAGCACAGAUAAAUGUUAUUCCAACCAGACCGGCCCCAAGUGCGUCUCCUCGUGCUCUUCAUCCGCAGAGGUGGAGCCCAACUCCUCGUCCUCCUCGUCCUCCAUCCUCCCCGUCAGCCAGAUGAUCGACAAGGUCAGAGGUUACUGCUCCACGCGCUCCGACAACUUCUACAAGAACAUCAUCAUGUCCGACAGCUUCGCCAACAGCACCAGGUUCUAGAGCCGUUCUAGAGCUGAUCUAUAGCUCGACCGCCCUUUUGUGUUUUGGAACUGUCCGAUUCGUUCUAGAAAAUGUAGUGACAUCAUCCU